CCUAACUGCGCUGCCUUCUUCUCAUUGUCUCUGACUUGAGCUGCUGCAGCGGCAGUUGCAGUGCUUCCUUCUCUCGGUCCUUUUUUUCCCUUCCUUUUUUUCCCCUUUAUCUUUUGUCCAGCAGACACGUUAACCAUUUGGCUGCCUUUUCUACCUCUUUGCCCUUGGCCAGGGGCAACUCUAGCAUCCGCUGUCAUUGUCGCGACCCAGCCAUGGAACAGAUCACACGGGCAUCGUGGCCUACACUUGCCGUCGCGCUGCUCAGUCUUGCCGCCAUUGGUCUUCUCACGGUCUUUGUCACCCUCCACCUCGUCGCCCCGAAGCCCCGCGCCGUCCUCCCCUCCGAGAAGAUCUACCUCACCUCUUCCGCCUCUGGAAACGCGAUCAAGAUCUCCGCGCCUUGUUGGUUCGACCGUUGGUUCGCCGAGCGCAGCGUCUCCGAAGCUCGCGCACACCUGACCGACCCUCGCGACAUUCCCGACUCGGGCGCGACCAUCGACCCCGCCGACGUGCGCCUCACUGUCGUACUCCCUGCCUACAAUGAAGAAACUCGCAUCCUGCCCACCCUCGAGGAGGCGGUCGCCUAUCUCGAUGAGAACUUUGGCCGGCCCUCAUCGCCGUCCAAACCCCUCCUCAGUCCUACCGCGCCGCGUCGCCGUGCCAAGAAUCCGCCUUCCGAGGCCCUGAGCGGCUACGAGAUCCUGGUUGUCGACGACGGCUCCCGAGACCGCACCGUCGAUGUCUGCCUCGAAUUUGCGCAGAAGAAGGGCCUCCACGACGUCAUCCGCAUCGUCAAGCUUGAGCGUAACCGUGGGAAGGGCGGCGCCGUUACCCACGGCUUCCGCCACGCCCGCGGCGAAUAUGUGCUCUUUGCCGACGCCGAUGGCGCGACCAAGUUCAGCGACCUGGGCCGUCUGAUCCAGGGCUGCGAGGAUGUCGUGGAUGGUUCUCACCGCGGUGUUGCUAUCGGCAGCCGCGCCCACCUCGUCGGCAGCGAGGCCGUUGUCAAGCGAUCUGCUCUCCGAAAUUUCCUCAUGCGCUCCUUCCACCUCGUCCUCAUGAUUCUCACUCCGCCCGCUACAUCUCGCCUCCGUGACACCCAGUGCGGCUUCAAGCUCUUCACGCGUGCCGCACUCCCGCACAUCAUUCCCUACAUGCACGCCGAGGGCUGGAUUUUUGACAUAGAGAUGCUCCUCCUCGCCGAGUCGGCCCCGCCUGCACCCGUCUUCGGGGACGACGGCAGUGUUAUUGGCACCAGCCCCGGAAUCCGCGUCGCCGAGGUGCCCGUCGACUGGCACGAGGUUCCCGGUAGCAAGCUCAGUGUUAUCUCGGACAGCAUCAAAAUGGCCAUCGGCCUGGCGGUGCUCAGGGGUAGCUGGAUGAUGGGUGUCUAUCGUCGAAGGCUCACGUAGGGAUUAGGUUCUCCCAUGUUUCUUCUUUUCUCUGUUCAUCUUGCUUUGAUAACCCGAGAGUUUCUACAACCACGUUCUCUUGAAGGGACUGGUGUGUAGGUAAAAGUUCUGUAAGUAGACUCUUGAAUCUGCGGAAGAAAAUAGAAAGGGCACAGAUGCCUAUUAUAUUGUACGGUCCAUUCAUGUUGCUCUCGGUGAGAGUAUUCUUUUGUGAUACUGGGGACCUUCGCAUCGAGGUUCGGGGCAAGAUACACCGAUGUGGCUGCGGAACUUGAACUGUUCGGCUUGAA